AUGGACAAAGAGGACAAUCAAGCAAAAGAUAAAUUGAAAAAGGAUAAAAGACCAGAGCCAAAAAUAACACAGACCGUUCAGAAGGCACCCCCUAAGCCAGGAGCAAAGGGUGUUUCGCUGGCCCAGAUCAAAGCUAUGCAACUGGCAAAACUGGAACAGGAAAGACAGAUCCAGGAAGCAAAGGCAAAGGCUGAGGAACAAGCACAAGCCAGGAGACUGGAAGCCGAAAGACUAAAGACAUUGAAAAAAGAGAGCGAAAUUAUAGAGAAGGCUGAGAAACAAAAGACAGCAGAUAUAAGCGCAUACAUGCGAAGGUUGACAUUUAAACAGCCAGAACAGAAAGAAAAAACCACUGAGCCAACAAAUGCUAAUAAGUAUGAGAUCUCAAACUAUAAAAGUCCAAUCUGCUGCAUUUUAGGUCAUGUGGAUACCGGAAAAACCAAGCUGCUCGAUAAAUUACGUGAAUCAAAUGUUCAGGGAUCUGAAGUAGGUGGAAUCACACAGCAAAUUGGCGCAACAUUCUUUCCCUCUGAGGCUUUAGCUAAGAAAUGCAAACUUGCGCUUCCAGAUUUGCCUGGACUACUGAUUAUUGAUACACCAGGCCAUGAAUCCUUCAGUAAUCUCAGAUCACGAGGAUCCUCCAUUUGCAAUCUGGCCAUAUUAGUCGUUGAUAUUAUGCAUGGUCUUGAAAGACAGACGCUUGAGAGCAUAUCUCUGCUUAGAACAAAAAGAACCCCGUUUAUUGUGGCUCUGAAUAAAAUUGAUAGAAUCGUGAAUUGGAAAAGUGAAAAUUACAGAUCUUUCAAGUCGUCGCUUGAAUCGCAGGAGAAAUACACACAGCAGGAGUUUAGAUCCUUACUGGAAAAUACAGUUGGGCAAUUUGCAGCCCAAGGAAUUAAUGCAGCAUUAUUUUCUGAGAACACUGAGCCGCGCAGGAUCAUAUCGCUGGUUCCCACGUCUGCUAUUUCCGGCGAAGGCAUUCCAGAUUUGAUAGGUCUAAUAUUAGAUCUAAGUAUGAAAUUCAUGAUGGAAAAAAUGAAAGUUAAACAAGACGCAGAAUGCACUGUUUUAGAAGUUAAGAAUGUUGAAGGAUACGGAGUUACAAUAGAUGUAAUUCUUAGCAAUGGCACUCUGAAGGAAGGAGAUAGGAUAGGGCUGUGCGGGUUUGAGGGGCCAAUAGUAACAGUGAUAAAAACCCUGCUGCUUCCUCAGCCGCUUAGGGAAUUGAGAGUGAAAUCGCAGUACGAAAUUGUUAAGGAGGUUAGAGCAUCAAUAGGUGUGAAGAUAUUUGCUAGUAACCUUGAAAGCGCGGUUGCAGGCUCGAAAUUGUAUGUCAUUGAAAACAACGAUGCUGAAAUUAUAAAGCUGCUAGAAGACGAUUUGAACAGUGUCAUUUCAUCUAUUGAAACAGUAGAACAGGGCGUGCAUGUUACGGCAUCCACAAUCGGAUCUCUCGAAGCACUUCUAUCGUUUCUCAAAUCUGAGAAUGUCCCCGUUUCAAGCGUUUCUCUUGGAAAAUUAAAGAAAAAGGAUAUCAUUAGGAUAUCAUCGAUGCUAGACAAGCGUUUUAGACAGAUUUUGUGCUUCGAGGUCGAUAUUGACAAUGAGCUGCUGGAUUUUGCAGAGUCGCAGGGCGUAAAAGUCUUCACUGCGCAGAUUAUCUACCACCUGCUUGAUAAGUACAAUAAGUAUUGUGAGGAUGUCACAACCUUGGAUAAAAAUUUGCACUCUGGUGAGGGAAUAUUUCCAUGUUGCUUGAGAAUUUUGCCCAACUGCGUGUUUAAUGCACGGAGCCCUCUUGUUCUUGGAGUUCUUGUUGAGAAGGGAACCUUAAAGGUCAAUACGCCUAUUUGUGUAUUUAAGGAUAGUUCGUAUGUCAAAUUAGGCACAGUCACCUCGAUUGAAGAGAAGAAGAAGAGUGUGGCAAAGGCGGAAAAAGGAAAGCAGGUGGCAGUUAAAAUAGAAGUAGGAAAGGAUGAGACAUCAAAAAUGUUUGAGAGACACUUUAACAUGGAUGACUUGUUGUACUCCAUAGUAACACGUCAUUCUAUUGAUAUACUGAAAGAAUACUUCAAGGAUGAGCUGCAGCAAGACCAUUUAGAGCUACUGUUUUAUCUGAAGAAGAAGUUUGAAAUCCUAUAA